AUGACCCCCACGGGGACCCAGCAUUCGUUGGCCGGUCAGACCUACGCAGUGCCCCUCAUUCAGCCAGACCUGCGGCGAGAGGAGGCCAUCCAGCAGGUGGCGGAUGCCCUGCAGUACCUACAGAAGGUCUCCGGAGACAUCUUCAGCAGGAUCUCCCAGCGAGUAGAGCUCAGCCGGAGUCAGCUGCAGGCCAUCGGGGAGAGGGUAUCCUUGGCCCAGGCCAAGAUCGAGAAGAUCAAGGGCAGCAAGAAAGCCAUCAAGGUGUUCUCCAGCGCCAAGUACCCUGCCCCCGAGCGUCUGCGGGAGUACGGCUCCAUCUUCACAGGGGCCCAGGACCCUGGCCUGCAGAGGCGCCCCCGCCACAGGAUCCAGAGCAAGCACCGCCCCCUGGACGAGCGGGCCCUGCAGGAGAAGCUGAAAUUCUUCCCCGUGUGUGUGAACACCAAGCCGGAGCCUGAGGACGAGGCUGAGGAGGGGCUGGGCGGGCUCCCCAGCAACAUCAGUUCCGUUAGCUCCCUGCUGCUCUUCAACACCACUGAGAACCUGUACAAGAAGUAUGUCUUCCUGGACCCCCUGGCUGGUGCCGUCACAAAGACCCACGUGAUGCUGGGGGCCGAGACAGAGGAGAAGCUGUUUGAUGCCCCUUUGUCCAUCAGCAGGAGGGAGCAGCUGGAGCAACAGGUCCCAGAGAACUACUUCUACGUGCCUGACCUGGGCCAGGUGCCGGACAUCGACGUGCCGUCCUACCUGCCUGACCUGCCUGGCGUGGCCGACGACCUCAUGUAUAGCGCGGACCUGGGCCCAGGCAUCGCCCCCUCUGCGCCCGGCGCCAUUCCCGAGCUGCCCGCCUUCCACACGGAGGUGGCCCAGCCUUUCAAGCCAGACCUCGAGGAUGGGGUGCUGACGGCACACCCACCGCCCCCGCCACCCCCGCCGCCUCCCCCAGCUCCGGCCGUGCUGGUCAGCGCCCCCCCACCUCCGCCCCCACCCAUGGCCCCGCCAGGACAGCCCGCCAGCGGGGACAACAGUGGGGGCGUGUCCCCUUCAGCCCCAGUCCAAGGAGCGCCCAAGGAAGUGGUUGACCCCUCCAGUGGCCGGGCCACUCUGCUGGAGUCCAUCCGCCAGGCCGGGGGCAUCGGCAAGGCCAAGCUCCGCAGUGUCAAGGAGCGCAAGCUGGAGAAAAAGAAGCAGAAAGAGCAGGAGCAAGUGAGAGCCACCAGCCAGGGCGGGGACCUGAUGUCAGACCUUUUCAACAAGCUGGCCAUGAGGCGCAAAGGUAUCUCCGGGAAAGGACCUGGGUCCGGGGCCAGCGAGGGGCCAGGGGGAGCCUUCGCCCGGAUGUCAGACUCCAUCCCGCCCCUGCCUCCCCCACAACAGCCCCCAGGUGAAGAGGACGAGGAUGACUGGGAGUCCUAG